UUCCAUUGUGGGAUUUGGAGGAAUGGGAAAAACUGCACUUGCCCAACUCGUAUUCAACGAUGAAGAGGUUCAAAAGCAUUUUGAGCCGAAAAUGUGGACAUGUGUCUCUAAUUCAUUUCAGUUGGAUAUACUCGUUAAGAAAAUCCUAAAAACUGACAUGUUCGACAUGGAUCAGUUGCAAAAUGAGCUUAGGAAGAAGAUCGAUGGGAAGAGAUACCUCCUUGUGUUAGACGAUGUGUGGAAUGAAGAUCAUGGAAAAUGGGACGACUUGAAAGACUUGUUGAUGGGUGGUGCAAGAGGUAGUAAAAUACUAAUAACUACUCGUAGUAAAAAAGUUGCAAAUAUAGCAGAUACAGCUGAACCAUAUAACUUAAGGGGCUUGAAUGAAGAGCAGUCUUGGUUUUUAUUUAAGAAAAUGGCGUUCAAAGAGGGAAAAGAGCCAGAGAGUUCAACAAUUAAGGCCAUUGGGGAGGAGAUUACUAGAAAAUGUCAGGGGGUUCCUCUUGCUAUAAGGACCGUAGGACGGAUGUUGUACUCGAAACAUCAAGAAACUGAAUGGUUGGCUUUCAAGCGUAACAAGCUUUCAACAAUAAGUCAAGAAGAAGAUGAUAUUAUACCAACACUUCAGCUGAGUUAUGAUGUUCUCCCAUCACGUUUGAAACAUUGUUUUGCUUUUUGUAGUUUGUUCCCGCCUGAUUGUGAGAUUUCCGUAGAUAUUUUAAUUAGGCUUUGGGUGGCACAAGGGUUCGUUAAGUCUUCAAAUCCUAAUGAGUGCUUGGAAGAUGUUGGUUAUGAAUAUUAUAACGAACUAGUUUGGAGAUCUUUUUUCCAAGAAGAAGAAAAAGAUGAGUUUGGUAUAAUAACAAGCUGUAAAAUGCAUGAUCUCAUGAAUGAACUUGCUGUUAAAGUGGCAGGGGAGGGAAGCAGAAUAAUAGGGGGCAAUAAGACUGAUUUUGAUGCAAAACGUCUUCUUCAUAUAUCUUUCGAUUUUGAUGUUGAUUCGUCGGAAUGGAAAAUACCGACAACCUUGCUAGAAUCAAAUAAGCUAAGGACUUUUCUUUUCCUAAGCCAACAUUAUUCAAGGGAGGAGUCAUUCCAUAAGUCAUUUUGUGCUACAAUUGCUUCAAAUUUUAAGUCAUUGCGUAUGUUGAGUUUGAAUGGAUUGGGAAUUACAAAAUUGCCAAAAUGUCUUAGGAAAAUGAAACAUUUAAGAUAUCUUGAUCUUAGUGACAAUUUCAUUGAGAGACUUCCAAAUUGGAUAGUCGAACUUCAAAAUUUGGAAACACUAGAUCUCUCGGGAUGUGAGUUUCUUGUGGAAUUGCCUAGAGAUAUUAAGAAAUUGAUCAACUUGAGGCAUCUCAUUUUGAGAUAUUGUUAUGAAUUGGCUCGGAUUCCUCGUGGAUUGGGUGAAUUGACUUGUCUUCUCACUUUGAGUAUAUUUGUUUUGAGCGAAAAUAAUUCCAUGUUGAGGGACAGUGCAGGGCUCAGUGAGUUGGGGAAGCUAAAUGAUUUAAGAGGAGACUUGUGGAUCAAAAAUUUGAGGUACAAGAAAGAUAUGGUGUCAGAAUUGAAUUAUGAUGGUGCAGUUUUGAAGGAGAAACGACAUCUCCAUUCGUUGACUUUACAUUGGAUGGGCAUCGAAAGAGAAAAUAGUGAUGCGGUUGAGGAGGAGAGUGAUGUAAUUAUUAAGUCAAUGGAAGCGCUGCAGCCCCAUUCAAGUCUAAAACAUUUACGCGUGGAGGGAUACCCGGGUGCGAGGUUUGCGAGUUGGUUUCAUUCUCUCACAAGUAUUGUUGAUCUGACAUUGUAUGACUGUGAUAGAUGCCAACAUCUUCCACCGUUGGAUCAUUUACCUUUUCUUAAGAGUCUUGUGCUUUUGGGGUUAAGGAAUUUGGAGCACAUAUCAGCAGAAGACAAGGUUAAGGACUUUGCCGGUGAUGAGAUGAUUAUGAUGUCAGCUGCUUCUCCAUCGACGACCUUCUUUCCCUCCUUAGAGCGUCUUUAUCUAGAUGAUUGCCCUAAUCUCAAGGGAUGGUGGAGGAAUGAAACAGCUUCAGCUUCAGCUUCUUCAUUUCCUUGUCUUUCUUCUUUAGAGAUACAGAAUUGUCCUAACCUAACUUCCAUGCCGUUGUACCCAAAUCUUGAUAGACUGGAGUUAGAGAGAAGCAGCUGGAAGCUCCUUCCCUCCUCCUUUGUUCUUUCCAAAUUAAAAUAUUUGGAGAUUAGGGGCGUUGAGGAUAUAGAAGAAAGGAUCGGCAACCUCACAUUACUCCAAAAGCUCUCAAUUAAGAAUUGCCCUAAUUUGGUAUCACUACCAGAUCAAGGGAUGGGUCACCUCAUCUCCUUACAGAGACUGCAUAUUUCAAGUUGUCCUAAUUUGACAUCACUCCCAGAAGGGCUUUGUUGCCUCAGCUCCUUACAGGAACUGCAAAUUUGGGAUUGCUCGAAAUUGGCGUCACUACCAGAAGGGCUUCGUUGCCUCGCCUCAUUAAAAAGGUUGACAAUUGUAGAUUGCCCCAUCUUAAAGCAAAGAUGCCAGAAAGAAACAGGUGAGGACUGGUCCAAGAUUGCUCACAUCCCAGACAUUCGCAUUCUUCCCUAACUUGGUCCAUUUGAUGAUCUUUAAGGGUUGGGUCAGUGCACUAAAAACUCUUAUGGCUUGAUUGUGAUUGUGCAACAGCAGAUCACCAACAAAGUGGUAUAUAUGUAUUAGAUGAUGACCCCUUCAUCCUAGCAUUGUUUUGUUGUUGUGUACCGAGAUGGCUGGGUGGAGAGAGUAGUGCUUUGUCAUCUUGGUAUUGAAGAUGUCAGACAGUGACACUAGAUUCUACUCUCUAUCAAUUGGAAAUUGAGUAUUCCUUUAGUUUGGCAUUACCUUCCAGAAGAGACAGACAACCUCACAUAACUUCGAUGGCUUUCAAUUCAGAGUUCAGCAUCACUGCCCGAAUGGAUUCGCGGCCUCACUGUCUUAAGGAGUUCGAAAUUGGAUACUAUUCCUUUAUACAGAAAAGCAAAAACAAAGAGGGCAGAUUUUUCGGGUCCCGUGUGAGAAAUGAAGUUCCCUUGAACAGUGUGCAUGAGGAGAAUUGAAGUUCACUUGAACUGUAUUCAUGAGCAUAAAUAAAAUACUGAAACGAACAUGACCUAGUGUUUUAGGCUUCUGAAGAACUAGCGAAAGAAUAAUAGUUACUUCCAUAAAUAUGCAGUGGAGAGAAGAAGAAACAGAUGGAGUGAAGAAAGCCAAUAGCCAUCAUUCAAAUGUAUGUUCCCUGUUAAUGCACCUAGGUGUUGAUCAUAAGAUUGACUCGACCCUUGAGCUACUACAUUUAGGCUUAUAUACACAAACAGAUAGAUAAUGUUCCAUUCUAUAUGAUGUGCAUGUGAUUUUUGUUUCACAUAUUAUAUCCUUGAUGCCUGGUUUGCGUGCGUUAUCAUUUUCUGU